ACUUUAACAGAAUUUAUUUUAUUUUUAGCUUGUAUUAAAUAAUUUUGAAAUGAUUUUACUUUUGUUUUUCUCAUAACCCAUUAAAAUAAUUGCUUUAUGUUUUUAACUUAUGUCUCGACUUUUAUAUAACAUAUUGUUCUAGGUGUGUAGACAUGUAUAAAUUUAUAUAGAGGGAGAUUUUAAGAGUGUCCCGUAUAUCUAAUUUUCUAAUCUGACAAUCCUACCUUGAUAGCAUCAUUGCUUUACAUUUUAAUGACUAAAGUGUUACUUUGCAAUCGUUUGUCGUCAGCUUUUGACACAAUACAUUUUGCAAAAGCCAAAAGAUUUUGGCUUCGCCUUUAUCUUUGUACGUGGAGGUACAUUAAAAUCAAUGACUGAGAUAUGAAUGUGGCCUGUUUUUGUUCCACUCAUUAAUUAUCUCAUUCGUCAUAGUUUUCCUUGUGCUUGAAGACGGCGAACUGGCAGAAUUGUUAGCAUGCCGGGGAAAAUGCUUCGCAGCAUUUCGUCUGUCUUAACGUUCUGAGCUCAAAUUCUGCCGAGGCCGACUUUGCCUUUCAUCCUGUCGAAGUCGAUGAAAUAAAUGCACUGGGGUCGUUGUAAUCGACUAACCCUCUCCCUCAAAAUUCCAAGCCGUGUGCCUAUAGUAAAAAGAAUAGUUUUCUUGUGCUCUGUAAUCAUUCAACAUUUGAAUAUAAUCUAAGACGGAGUCUUACAAUCUUAAUAAAAAAGAUGAAUACAGUGGAUAAUACAUAACUGUCAAAAGAAAAGUCGGAAUGGUCACAACGCCUGACCGGGGGCUAAACAUCCUCCACAACAACCCGACUGCAUUUGCAGUAGUCAGAAAAAAAGAAUUUUAUUGGAAUGUUUUAACUUUCAUCACCCAUAUUUUAAUUUGUUUUCAUCGUUAACUGUUUUAAUAAAAUCGAACGGCAGCAUUCCUCUAUUAAAUUUUAUAAUUAAUGAAUUAGAUUUACUGUUAGAGACAAAAAAGUCCGCCAUCUUAUCUCCCUUGGAUGUGUUUUUCUUGCAUUUGUUUGUGUUGUUUUUCAUGUGAUUUUUAUGUUUACAAGUCUCACCAUCAUUAGUACGCGUUGAUGUAUAAUACGAAUGUUUUCACCAAACUAAAAAGCGUCGACACGCGAAAAGUCGUGAGACCAACUAAAAUCUUAAGCAGGCAUGAGAUAUAUAAUCCUCCUUGCUGACAAGUUCAUCCAUCUCAAAGACAAAGUUACCUCAAUGAAAAAACAUCAGGAACCAAGAUGUGUUGUACUGUAACAAACCCUGACUCUGUUGCAACAUCCAUAUUCACAACGAUAGCACUAAUACAACCAUCAAUAGCAACAAUACAUUUGAAAUCGAACCCAGUAUCAUACUAAUUUACCUGACAACUCUCAAAAGACUUCUCACCAUAUCUAUCUUUCACUUUCUGGUGACAUUUCUUCCAAUAACUCAGCGAUGAAAGAUGAACUUCAUGCAGACAUGUUAUGUAUUGACAAAUCAAACAUAAAUACGGUUAGAGUGUCUGAAAAUGACUUUCACAAUGGAAUAUUGGUCACUCCACAGGCUGCCAUUGCAUCAUCAUCAUCAUCAUCAUCAUUAACAUCAUCAUCAUCAUCAAUAACAUCAUCAUCAUCAUCAAUAUCAUCAUCAUCAUCAUCAUCUGUUGGAUUGUCUCAUAGCAAUCCUCAUUCAUUCACAUGUGACAUUUGUGGCAAAAUGCUGUCACGAAGAGAUCACUUGAAACUACACAAAACAAUUCACACUGGUGUCCGACCAUAUAGGUGUGAGACUUGUGGCUGCACGUUUUCUAGGAAUCAUCACCUCAUGCGGCACAUGGGAUCACAUUUGAGUGAGAAGAGAUUCAAAUGUGAUAUCUGUGGCAAAGCACUGUCUCGUAGCGACCAUCUCAAAGUACAUCGGAGGAUACAUACAGGUGAACGUCCGUUCAAAUGCCAGAUAUGUGGUUUUGCAUUCAGUAGGCGUGACAGAUUAGUAAAGCACAAUCAGUUGAGCAAGGGUAAAAGAAAGCUCAGUUGUGUUCCACCUAAUUUUACUGCUCAAACUAAAGAAUUAACUGAGUUGGACAACAUUGAAAUGAGUAUAAGCAACCAGUUAAUAGUAAAUUUAAACCCUGCAAUACCAUCACUGCCUCAGUGCCAUCAACAAUCCCAAAGGAAUAGUAGCAAUGACAGUGAUCCAUCUGAUAAAACGCACAAAGAGACAGCAUAUGUCUUUCUGGACUCUUCAACAUCAAAUUGUAAACAAGAAAGCACUAAUGCUCACCAAGUCAACAACCAAUGUGAGCUACCUCAACAAGAAAUAGUUAAGAACCAGUCAACAAAUCUUACAAUCAAUCAAAGCUCUUUGCCAGCCCAAAUAAGUGAAAUCCUUGUACCAGAAGAGAACACCAAAAUGCCUAUUAUUCUGGCUAAUUCUGGUCAAGUGGCAUCUGUAUUGCCAGUGUUCCCAACAACUGUUCAAAUGACUCCAGCAAUUUUCCCUGCCCUACAAAUGUAUACAAGUGCAGCGCCUCUCAGUAUUCCCUCACCACACAUUUAUGUCACUAAAUAAUACCAUGCCUGAAACUUGAAGACUGCAUAUCUAUUGGUCUGUUUAGGUUCUUGUCUAUGUAAACUGUGGUAAACUAAAUCUGUCACCCAGUUUAACAGCUGAUCCGUGUGUGCCUUUGGUGGAGUCGACUUUCUUGCAAGAAUUCUUACUAGUUCUCUAAUGUAUGGAUAACUUCUCUUCCUUCCCCACCCUCUAGUCUCAGAAGGAAUAAAGAAGAGAACGGUCACUAUCUUUUUUUUUCUUUCCUGGCUAAGCAAUAAAAAAAUAUCUCAAGAGAAAAAAAAUUUGAAGGUAUUUGAUCUCUAAACAGAAGAAACAAAUACCAUCACAGUAGAAAAUUAUUUUAUUUAAUUUUCUGGCUCCAUUUUCUCUAAAGUGGAAUUCAUUUAUUUGCUUUAAUCCUUAUUUCCAUGCUAUCAUGGCAGACAAGUCUGUAUUGCUAACACUUAACUGUUUCUCAAGUAAAGAAUUUUUCAUUCCACUUAUCUUUCAAUGUGUGGAGCUAGCAGAAAAUUUGUUGAAAGGAAAAUGUCAACAAAAUCAUUGUCCAUAGUUCAGUGCAUUUUCAUGUAAAGCCCAAUGUGAGCAUUCAGUUAUACACAUAUAUGUAUGUAUUAAGAAGUACACUGCCCAAUCACAUGAUUUCAGGUUUAGUACCAGUGCACAGAAACCUUGGGUAAGUGACUUCUACUAGCUCUCCAGGUCAACCAAAGCCUUGUAAGUCAAUUUGACAGAAACUAGUAAGAGGCCUUUUGUAUGUAAACAUACACCACACAUAUAGAUGUUUGUGUACAUACGCAUGUCUGUGAUGUGUAUUUGUUUAUUCUUAUUUAAAGAUCAUGAUGUUCAAAUGCUGAUGUUGGUACUUCUAUCAAUAAAUCAUCUGCUUUGUGCCUUUGAAGCUGGGUGGAAUAAGAGAGCCCUUGCUUGGAAAAUAGGUAAGCAUUAGCAUUAGGAAAGGUAUCUGGCUGUUAAACAUAUAUAUAUAUGUAUAUAUAUGUAUGGCUCCCGUGCAGGUGGCACGUAAAAAACACCUUUUUGAGCGUGGCCGUUGCCAGUACCGUGUGACUGGCCCUCGUGCCGGUGGCACGUUAAAGCACCCACUACACUCUCAGAUUGGUUGGCAUUAGGAAGGGCAUUCAGCUGUAGAAACUCUGCCAGAUCAGAUUGGAGCCUGGUGCAGCCUUCUGGCUUGCCAGUCCUCAGUCAAAUCAUCCAACCCAUGGUAACAUGGAAAAUGGACGUUAAACAAUGAUGAUGAUGAUAUAUACACACAUAUAUAUUUCGUCCAAGAUGCAGAUGAGUACCAACAUCCCAAUGUGGCCAGUUUGAUAAUUGCUGAGAAUUCUCUGCAUGAAACCAAUGGUAGCCUUGUUAACCCACAAAUAAAGAAUAUCUAUCCACCCAUGUAUUCACCACUCAUUUUCACUGUCUGAUGUAAGUGUAUACAUGUGUGUGGUGUAUAUGUGUAUUUAUAUACAUAUGUGUAUAUAUAUAUAUAUAUAUAUAUAUAUAUACAAAAUGAGAAAAUACAUUGUGGAACUGUUAUUUUAACAAGUUAUAUCUAUUUAUCACCUGAAGAGACAUCUGCACCAUUGGAUACUCCUGAACCAGUUAAGUAUCCCACUCAUUUGGGAUCGAUGCCAGAUGUGUUGAAACAAUUGUAAUAAAAAUUCUCAUAUCUUCAAUCUUCCGUCUUUCAUUUACUAUAUAUAUAAUGUGUGUGUGUUCACAUUUGUAUGCACAUGAUAGGCUUUGUGCAGGUUCUGUCUAUCAAAUUCAGUCAGAACCCUAGAGCUAUAUUGGAUGACACUUGCUUGAAGUGUCAUACAGUGAGAAUGAACCUGAGACUAUGGGCAUCUGGCUUCUGUUAUGUUAUCAAAAUUUAGCAAAUAACUAUGUCAGCAUCUAAGUCCUCUGCUCCUCAAUACAAAGCUGAAUUGGCAAUAUACAGCGUCAUUUUGAGUUAACAAAUGCAAUAUUAGGAGGUUGAUAUCACUUGGAAAAAGAUAUAUACAUAUAUCCUUUUAUUCUUUUAUUUCAUUCGUUGGUUUAUGGCUACGCUGGAGUACUACCUUGAAAGAUUUAGUCAAUAAAAUUGACCCAAGAACUUAUCCAGUUGGGGUUUUUUUUGCUGAACUACCAAGUUAUAAUGGACACAAUUGAACACCAGUUGUCAAGUAGUGAGAGAUAACAGCACACACACACACACAUAUGCAUAUAAAAUGAUGGGUUUCUACAGUUUUAGUUUACCAAAUUCACUUACAAGGCAUUAGUUGGUCUAGGGCUGAAGUAGAAGGUACUUGCCCAAAGUUCUGAACAUGAAACCAAAUAGUUGCUAAGGAAAUGUCUUAAACAUGUGGCCAUGGUUGCAAUCAUGGGAAGGUUUUAUUUUUUGUUCUUCCAAAGUUAAAACUUUGACCAUGAUUUUUGUUGGAAUAUAUUCUCUGAUUAUCAUCUUUGACCAGUGAAAGUGAUUUAAUAAAUGAAGUAACAGUCAUCUCCUCACAUAUUAAUGAUAAUAAUGAUUUUUCUUGAUAAUGAAAUUAUUAUUAUCUUGGUUGCUGUUGCUUCUUAAUGUGUUAAUGAGUGCAAUGUGUUUUAAAGUAAACUCUUUCCAUUAUAGGUCCUUUGCAUCAACUGUACAGACAUGAAACCCAUUGUGAAAGGGACUUGAAUGCACCAAACUGAAUACUUUAAAUGUGUCCUGUCCAACCAUAUUUGUGUGAAAAUCCUCUUUUUUUUGUGUAAGAAGGGAUAAUAGAUGGAAUUGAAUGAACUUCUUCAGUAUCUUAUUGAAUGAAAAGGGAAACUGGAGAGCUGAAAUUUAAUGAGAAAACAUCAUCAUCAUUGUCAUCUUCAUCAUUUAAAAGCCUUUUUCAGUGCUGCCAUGGGUUAGUUCAACAAGAACUGAUAAGCCAGAGGGCUGCACCAAGUUCCAAUGUCUGAUUUGCCUUCGUUUCUACUGCUGGACCAAUCACUUUACAGAGUGUAUUAGAUGCUUUUAUCAUAGUGAUGUCACUAUGUACUUGCAAGACAAGACCCCUCAGUUGAGUGGUAAGUAGUAUUGAAGGAGGUGAAAGUAUGAUAGGAGUAGAUAUCUUGCUGAUGAGGAGAUACAUGGCAUUCACAGCUAGAAAGUGAGAGAGAGAUGAUGAUGAGGAUGAAAGCAUACCCCGAGGCUAUAGUAGAAGACACUUGCCCAAGGUGCCACGCAGUGAGACUGAACCCAGAACCAUGUGGUUGGUAAGCAAGCUACUUACCACACAGCCACUUCUUAAUAAUAAUAAUGUUUCAAAUGUAGGGGAAGAAUUAGGUGAAUAAAUUGAGAAAAUAAAGUAUUUAACUGGCACUUUAUUGACCUGGUGGGAUGAAAGGUAGUUUAACCUUAAUGGGAGUUGAAUUCAAAAUGUAAAGAGCAGAAACAAGCAUCACAAUGUAUUUUGUUGGACAUCCAAAUGAUUACGUUACUACAUCAUCCUAAUAAUAAUAAUGGUUUCAAAUUUUGGCACAUGGCCAGCAGUUUUUCAAGGGGAGGAGAAGUUGAUUACAUUGACCAUAGUACAUAACAGGUACUUAUUUUAUCAACCCUAAAAGGAUGAAAAGCAAAGUUGACCUUGGCAGUAUUUGAACUCAGAAUGAAAGAUGAACAAAAUGCUAACAAUUCUGCCAGCUCACCACCUUAAUCCUAAUAAAGUUUUUUUUACAUGCAGCUGGAAGGUCAAUUGAUCAAUGGAGGCUGAGUAACCACAUUUUGAGAGCAUUAGCUUAAGAUCUAAGUAUUUAUCUGUUAAAAAUUCAUAGAAGCAACAUUGCUCUCUCUCAUGCAUUGCAGUAUUAAUUAUAAUAUAUACAACCGCGUAUGUGUGACCUUAACUGAUGUUUAUCAGUGAUGGAUCUGAAUAUCAGCAAGAAAAAUAAAGCACUCUACUUUGAGUAAAGUCCCUUGCUAUAUUUAUUCUGCACUGAAUUACACACACUCCCUUUUCUCUCUCACUACCAUAAUGGCAGUGAACCAGUGAUUAACUCAUCAGGGAACAUGUGAUGAAUGAUGCAAUCGUUCAUUGAUUACACUAUCAAAACUAAAUAGAUAAAGUAAUUUAACAUACAUUUUCUCAUUUUCAUGCAGACUGCUAAAUUUAAUUAAAUUGUAUGUUUGGAAAUAUCUUAUAUAUUUUUCAGAUGUUCCAUACCCACAACUGUUAUCUUCAUUUUCAUCUCUUCUUUUAAUAAAUGAUGUAACUUUGAGA